AUGCUAAAGCUUCUAGACGUAUUCAAAAAAGACGACGGCGGCACGCCAAAGUUUCCCUCUGAGCUAGAAAAAAACUACCGGAUAUCCAAGAUUGUUCUUGGUAGAGGCUCGUUUGCCACCGUGAAGGAAUGCACCGAUAAACGUACAGGACAGAAGUAUGCACUAAAAAUCAUGGAAAAGAAAGCCUUUCGGGGUAAAGAACAAUUGCUGACAACAGAAGUCGACGUUUUGAGAAAAGUGAAACAUCCCAAUAUUAUAUCCUUACACGAUUUAUACGAAACCAAAGAUGCAAUCUAUUUCAUAACUGACCUUGCAAGGGGUGGGGAGUUGUUCGAAGAGCUUCUUCUUAGAAACUAUUUUUCGGAAAAAGAUGCUGCAAAUCUUGUCAAACAAAUUCUCGACGGUGUCGCAUAUUUGCAUGACUUGGAAAUCGUCCAUCGAGACCUCAAACCCGAAAACCUCUUGUUUAAAGACAAGUCCAUCGAUUCGAAUAUUAUGAUUACCGAUUUUGGAUUGUCGAAAAUUCUACGGCAUAGAAAUGAUAUCCUCACGACAGCAUGCGGGACACCGGGGUAUGUGGCUCCGGAAGUACUGUUGCAAGUCGGGCAUGGCAAGCCAGUAGAUUUAUGGAGCUUGGGGGUCAUUACGUAUGCGUUACUCUCUGGAAGGCCGCCGUUUUUUGGUGAAACUCAGGCAGAGCUGUUUGAUGCUAUUAUUGACGGAUCGUAUGACUUUGACGACAGCAUAUGGUCAGAUGUAUCCAAAGAAGCCAAGAACUUUAUCGCACAACUCUUAGCCUACGAUCCCAUAAAACGAAUGACAGCAAGAAAAGCUCUUCUUCAUCCGUGGCUUUCUGCUGCGACCAGUGAUGUCAAUCUUAUUUCUGCCGCUCGCCCCAAUUUUUCCGCCAGGGCUAUGUUUCGGAAAGCUGUCAAUGUUGUUCAGGGCAUUAAUCGAUUGCAGAAAGGUAUGCAUAGUGGUGAGGAUAUAGGAGAAGAAAGCAGAGGGUCGGAUGUUACUGAAGAAUCAACAUCGCCCAAACUUGAAUUGGAAGAAGGUGAAAUUGAAAGCGCAACCGAGACCGCGGCAGGGGUUAGUGGAAGUGAUAGUUGUGAGAGUGAGGAAAAGGAUGAUGAUACACCAUCGAAGAAGGGUGAAGCUUGGGUGGAGUAG